UUUGAUUAAUAUAGUAUUAAUUAUUUUAUCUCUAAUAUUUCUAAUAUUUUAAAUGAACGAUAGUUCCGAUCUAGUCUCAGGGCAAUUCACUGAUACUUCUGCGUUCGAUCUUGAGCUUGCCAAGCAAGAAAGUAUUCAGUGGAUAGAAUCUGUUUUACAAGAAAAGUUUGCUACGAAUGAGGACUUUCAUUCAGGAUUAAAAGAUGGGCAAAGGCUUUGCCGCUUUAUUAACUGCAUAAAACCUAAUUCUGUUAGACGCAUUAAUAAAAGCCAUGCACCCUUUCCUUCCAUGGAAAAUUUGCAAUCCUUUCUAGAUGCUUGCCGCGCUAUUGGACUAAAGGAUACUACCUUGUUUUCAGCCAACAGUUUUUAUGAAGGUGUUGAUGCAGAAACUGGAGGGCAAAAAGUUCUAGAUGCUGAGCGAAGACAAAAAAUUUGGGACAAGAUUUUGAGAGAUGUUUGCAUUAACAUUUAUUGGUUAGGUAUAGCCGUCAGAGCUAUGCCCGGUUAUAAAGGCCCACAGUUGAAUUUAGCCGCUUUUGAGAAACUAUGCUGUCUACGUUGUAAGAAAGGGAUAUCUGAUGACAAGUAUGUGAAUGCCCAGGGAAAACCUUUUCAUAACGAAUGCUUUUUUUGCGAUACUUGCUCUAAAAAUCCCUGUGAUCCUAACGAAAAUUUCAAGUGGGACUCUUCGGAUUCUCACUUCUCAUGUGCAAAGUGCCGUUGUAAAAAAUGCAAAGAAUGUGUUAAACCAGGAAAAUACCGUGCUUUGGACGAUGGUCCGGUUUCAGCCUGCGAUAAGAUUUGUCCUAGUUGCGAUAAAGAAAACCAAUGCUCAGGCCAGUCCUGCAAGAAUAUUAUUGAUCCUAAAAACCAUUUUGUGUUUAAUUCAAAAAAGUAUUGCCCUAACUGCGUCUGUUCUGAUGAAAAUUGUAGAAAACCUCUCUAUAAUAAAACCUAUGGGGUCGUUGACGGUAAGAAGUAUUGCCCCGAUUGUCUCUGUAGUAAUUGCCGCUCUUUGACUGGAACCGACUUUUUAGAAAAGGGUGGUAAGAAAUAUUGCCGAAACUGUUAUUGUGCUGAUGAAGAGUGCCGAAAGCCCUUUGUCGAUAAUAUGUUUAAAGAGUGCGACGGAAAAAGAUACUGCCCAAACUGCUUGUGCGCCACCUGUAACUCUCCUGCUGGCCCCGAGUCCGUCACUAUCAACGGCAAGAAAUACUGCCCUAACUGCGUAUGUGCCGAUAAAAAUUGUAAACGGCCUUUGGAUAUACCCAAUGAUCUUUACAAAGUCGUUGAUGGAUCAAAGUAUUGCCUUGAUUGCAUGUGCCACAGGGAGGGUUGUGAAAAGUACGCUGGGGAAGAUCCAGCAAUAUACGAUGGAAAGAAGUAUUGUAAAGACUGUUUGUGUGCCGAUAGUGAAUGCAGAAAGCCUUUAGUUUCUGGAGAAUAUACUCUUGCUCCGAAAACUGGAGAAUUUGGGGAUAAUGAUAAAGUUUGUAAAGAUUGUUUGUGUGCCCUUUGCAGACAGUAUGUUGGAAAACAUGCAGCUUUUAGAAAACGCGGUGAGAAAUUUUGUAGCAACUGUAUCUGCUGUAGUUGCAAAGUGCCCUUAAGGGAGCAAAUGCAGCCUUGCAAACCUUGUAAAAACAAUCCUCAGAAUAAGACAUACUGUAAGAACUGUAUUUGCGCAAAAUGUGAUGCUGCGUUAUCCCGCAAAGACAAAAGAAGUUUAUUUGGAGGAAGCCAGUACUGUCGCCAAUGUAUCUGCUCUUUGUGCGAUAAACCUCUUAUAGGCAAGCGCGCGGAAGCCUCUGUUCCAUAUAAGAAUGGCACUGCCUGCGUAGAGUGUCAGUGCAAUUCUUGCUAUGCGCCAAAUAAGAGCGAGAAUUUGAAGAAAUAUGGCCCUGGAAAGUAUUGUAAAAACUGUGUGUGCUCUGAAUGCGGAAAACCUUCAACCUUUAAACGCUCUAUUAACUCGAUAGAUGGAAGAUUGCUUUGUGACGAUUGUCUUUGCUACGCUUGUAAGUCUCCUUUAGAGAAUGGCGUUAAGUUUGGAGAUUACUCUUACUGUAAGAAGUGUGUUUGUGGUAAGUGUCACUCCCCACUUGAUGAAGACACCAAGGUCGUAAAAGGCCCCAGAGCUUUCUGUCCUCGUUGUGUAUGUUGUCAGUGCUCUACCGUCUUGGACGGAGGCAAGUAUGCCGUGUUUGGCGACAACGUUACUUGUCUUUUGUGCUCCUGCGCUCGCUGUGGUAGACCGAAAAAAUCGUCAAUUGGGACUACCGAAAUAAAGUUUGUAAAAUUUGAUGGAAAGUCUUACUGUGAGCGCUGCUUGUGCGAUUCCUGUGAGAAGCCCUUAACCACGGACGAGGUAGUUUACUGCUCGGCAUGUACUUGUGACUCUUGUGGUUGCCUUUUGGAUGAUGAUGAGGAAAAGUACUGCGAAAAUUGUGGCAGCGAUAAACCGGGAUUUAAAACUAAAGCUCAAAAUCGGGCGGAUAGAAAAGCCAGAAAUAAACCACUUGCUGAUCAAAAAAGUGGAGCGCACAACGUUAUGGCCCCUCACCCAAAAUCCAAGCCAAGUUCUAAUCAACCAAACAGGAAGGCGCCUUUAUCAAACCCCGUACAGCCAUCUGAAGGUGAAGGCAUAUGCUAUACUUGCGGUGAAGAGUUGACUGGUGCUGUGGUUAAGGCGCUUGAUAGAUCGUUUCACAAGCAAUGUCUUGUUUGCUUUGGCUGCAGAACUCCGUUUUCUGGCGGGUUCACUGUGCAUGACGGUAAACCCUAUUGUGAGGUGUGCGCAGGUAAAGCAGCUGGAUUGCCAGAGUGUUUGGAGUGCGGGAAAUAUGUAUCUGGCGCUUAUUUAUCUUUAAAUGAAAAUCUAAACUGGCAUCAGAAGUGUUUUAAGUGUGUUAAUUGCUUAAAGCAACUUAGUUCUGGGGGUUUUACACUCAACCAAGACCGUAAACCCAUUUGUAAGGAUUGUUGUAAUUAG